CAACAUGAUUUCUGACAUCUUACCUGAACACCUGAGACCAUUUCAAGCUUUAGAAACUUUAGAUUUGAGCGACAACCAUAUUUCUGCGCUUAGAAUGGCAUCAUUUCCUCCUCUGCCACUCAAGUACCUGCACAUCAACAAUAAUAGAAUUGUUUCCCUAGAACCAGGCACUUUUGACAACUUAUCCAACACACUGCAAGUACUGAAGCUGAAUAAGAACCGAAUUGCAUUCAUCCCACAGAAGAUGUUUAAACUUUCCCAUUUACAACAUCUAGAGAUGAACCGCAACAAAAUUAAAAUGAUAGAUGGUCUUACUUUCCAAGGCCUUUCUGCUUUGAAAUCUUUACGAAUACAGAGAAACGGGCUAGUUAGACUCAUGGAUGGAGCUUUCUGGGGAUUAAGCAACAUGGAAAUUCUGCAGUUGGACCAUAACAACCUAACUGAGAUCACCAAGGGCUGGCUUUAUGGCCUGCGGAUGUUGCAGCAGCUUCAUCUUAGCCAAAAUGCUAUCAGUAGGAUCAGCCCUGAUGCCUGGGAGUUCUGCCAGAAACUCAGUGAGCUAGACUUAAAUUAUAAUCAUUUAGCAAGAUUAGAGGAUUCAAGCUUCGUUGGUUUAAGCCUACUAGUGAGACUGAACAUUGGGAACAACAAAGUGAGCUACAUUGCUGACUGUGCCUUCAGGGGACUAUCCAGUUUACAAAUAUUAGAUCUUAAAAAUAAUGAAAUCUCAUGGACAAUUGAAGAUAUGAAUGGUGCUUUCUCUGGACUUGACAAACUUAGGUGGUUGCUACUCCAAGGAAACAGAAUUAGAUCAGUUACUAAAAAAGCAUUUUCCGGUCUGGAUGCACUUGAACACCUAGAUCUAAGUAACAAUGCAAUCAUGUCAGUACAAGGGAACACGUUUUCACAAAUGAAGAAACUUAAAAGACUGUAUCUAAACACAUCAAGCCUUUUGUGUGAUUGCCAGUUGAAAUGGCUGCCAGAAUGGCUGGUAGAUAAUAACUUCCAGAGUUUUGUAAAUGCCAGUUGUGCCCACCCUCAGAUACUGAAAGGAAGAAAUAUUUUUGCUGUCAGCCUUGAUGACUUUGUGUGUGAUGAUUUUCCAAAGCCACAGAUAACUGUCCAGCCUGAAACUCAAUCAGCAAUCAAAGGUUCCAAUUUAAGUUUUAUAUGUUCAGCUGCGAGCAGCAGUGAUUCUCCAAUGACUUUUGCAUGGAAAAAGGAUGGUGAAUUGCUGAAUGAUGCCGAAAUGGAAAAUUACGCACAUCUCAGGUCACAGGGCGGUGAAGUGAUGGAAUACACCACCAUUCUGAGGCUACGAAACAUUGAUUUCAGCAAUGAAGGAAAAUACCAAUGCGUUAUUUCAAAUCACUUUGGUUCAUCCUACUCCAUCAAAGCUAAACUUACAGUGAACAUGCUUCCUUCAUUUACUAAGAUGCCCACAGAUAUUACAAUUCGGGCAGGAGCAAUGGCACGACUGGAAUGUGCUGCAGUAGGUCACCCAGUGCCCCAGAUUGCUUGGCAGAAAGAUGGUGGCAUAGACUUUCCUGCAGCACGCAAGAGACGCAUGCAUGUGAUGCCCGAGGAUGAUGUGUUCUUUAUUGUGAAUGUCAAAAUUGAGGAUACCGGUGUUUAUAGCUGCACAGCUCAAAAUACUGCUGGGAGUAUUUCAGCUAAUGCAACUCUGAUUGUAUUAGAAACACCUUCAUUUUUACGGCCUUUGGUGGAUCGAACUGUGACAAAAGGUGAAACUGCAGUUUUGCAGUGUAUUGCUGGUGGCAGCCCUCCACCUCGACUGAACUGGACGAAGGAUGACAAUACUUUAGUAGUGACUGAAAAGCAUUUCUUUGCUGCAGGAAAUCAGUUACUUAUCAUUGUAGACACAGACUUUGAAGAUGCUGGGAAGUACACAUGUGAAAUGUCUAACACACUCGGGACAGAGAGAGGCAACAUUCGCCUUAAUGUCAUUCCCACUCCUACCUGUGAUUCUCCUCAGAACACUGCUCCUUCAUUGGAUGAUGAUGGAUGGGCCACAGUGGGUGUUGUGAUCAUAGCUGUUGUCUGCUGCGUGGUGGGCACUUCCCUUGUGUGGGUGGUCAUUAUCUACCACACAAGGAGAAGAAAUGAAGAUUGCAGCAUCACAAACACAGAUGAGACAAACCUGCCUGCUGACAUUCCAAGCUAUCUGUCAUCACAAGGAACUUUAGCUGAAAGACAAGAUGGGUAUGGGUCAUCAGAGAAUGGAAGCCAACAUCACUUUGUUCCAUCAUCCUCAUCUGUCAGAGGAUAUUUCUUACAUCAAAGGGAUAGCAGUGGAUAUAUCCCAGAGCAAAAAAGCAUGUGUGCAGACCUUUACGAUCUCAGCUGCUUAAAGAAAAAGGAAUGUGACCUAUAUGCAGACCCACCCGAAGAUCUUUUUGACCAGUAUAUCAGCAUUUCUGGAAUGCACACUCCAAGUGGUAAAUUGCUUGCUUCUGUUUACACUUCAAAUGAAGAAAGUGGAAUAAAAAACUCACAUCUGAGUGUGGAUACUUGUGACUUCAACAGAAAUCAGGAGCUGCCUUCUGUUGCUACAAGUAGCAGUUUUCUGGGAACAUUUGGAAAACCGAUAUGGAGACAUCAGCUUGAUUCCGUCCCAAGCUGCAGGAAGCCAUCAGUCUGGCAACCAAAAGCCUCCCAUAAUCAUCCUCACAAAUCCCUGGACUUUGAUUCUGAGUCUGAGGAUAAUAACAGAAUGGGCUGGACAUUUGCUGAUGGGGACAGUUGUAUUUACAGACAGGCUGCUCAAAACUUGAGGACUCCUGCUUUUCAGUUCUCUGAGUGGGAUACAUAGCCAGAGUCUUCCAAACUGGUUUAUGAACAAAGUUUACUACCUCAAAGUGGAUAUUAUUUAAAAGAAAAUAAACAAAAACACUUGUAAUUUUUUUAAAAUGGAGCUAUGAUUUCUUAAAUUUUUGUAUAAAGAUACAGUUUUAUUGCCAAAGUGUUGUACAGUUUCAUAGAGAAUAUAUAGUCUUUAUAGAAUAUAUGUUUCUAAUUAUUUUGUAGGUUUGUUUUAACCAGAUGAUAUGUUUCUGUAAAUUAAUGGUGUUAAUAAUAACUAUUCAGGAGUAUGUCAAGACAUUAUUUGUUAUACUGAAAUAGGUGCUAAAGUGUUCUAAAGUGCUAGUAACAUGUAUUUUUUUUUUGUGUUUCACUUUUUUUACUGUUAGGGUAAUAAUGUAAUAUUUGCACAUCAUUUUUAAUAAAAUGAGAUGCCUUGUGGA